ACACCUCCUACCCCUCACGGGAAGUAAACCACCGUCUUCUUGACCACUCUAGGCUUCUGAACUUCUGAACUCUUAACGGUCUUCUACCCCAGAGCUACAGAUCGCGAACGGCAUUUCAUGGGCGGCGGCCUUUGGAGCAUCUUCUUCAUCGAAGUCUGACGUGAACGGCCUUCCUUCGGUGCUUCUGUCCAAGUUCGAACUCCUUCCUCAUCGCUGUUCUUCAUCUCAAUCCACUUCCUCCAGCUUCGAUCGCCUUCCACCGGUGCAUCUCCGUCGAAGUUCGACCUCUAGCUCUUAGAUCUGGUCUGUCCUCCCCUGUUUUGGGUGUUCUCUUGUGUCCCCUGCAAGUUAAUCCCAGCAAGUGAAAAUUGCUGCCAUGUCUGGAAAUGCAGAGUCCGAGCAAAGACCAUCUUCAACUUCACAGCCUCACCAAAUGGAAUCCCAGCAAACAUACCAUCGUAACUGUUUUGAGGGAUGUUUCAAGUUCUUGGAUCCUACCCGAGAGGGAAAGGAGAAAAGAAUCAAAGCUGCAGCUGCAGAUGGUGUCCGAGAUGAGAGGAUCUUCAGUGGUGGAUGGGAAUGAAAAUUAUAAAGAAGCAGAACGGCCAGUGAAAAUCUUCUCAAUGCCAAGUGAUGGAACGUCUAUAACAAGUGUUGAAAUUGAAAGGCACAUGGAGAUGAAAAUCCAGGGAGAUGUAGCGACAAGAACUAUUGUAUUCGAAGUGGUUAAUCGAGAUAAGAGAAAUGACAAUUUCAAUUAUAUUAUAUCCUUGCCAUUGGCGAAGCAAGAACAUGGACCAACCAAGGACUUGAAUUUACUAACAGCUGCAUAUCGUUCCAUGAAUAAUGCCAUCGUUGUAAGUUGUAACGGGGACUUCAUCGUACCUGAGUGGGUGGAGAGAGGCCUCCCUCAGAACGCCAUUUAUAUGCAGCGAACCCCACGAGGCAACACUGUUCUACAUUUAGCAGCUUCCUAUGGAAAUAAUACAAUGGUAGAGAAAGUAGCUCAACAUGCUCCUUCCCUUUUCACAGAAACUAAUGAUAACUUCGAUACGCCAUUGCAUGUUGCUGCCAGAGCAGGGCAUGCCUCUACCUUUCAAUCUCUUUUGAAGGCUUUUUUGCCUUUAGCACGCCAGCAAACAAGUGGCCAUGAUGAUCAAUAUAAUUUGGUGAUGAUGCUCUUGGUAUCGCUCACUGUGUUACAAAAUGAUCAAGGAAACACUUUCCUUCAUAAAGCCUUCACAAUCAAUAGCCAUAAUGGGGAAAUGAUUUUCCAAGCUUUCCAAGAUCCUUUUAUCGUAGGAGAAUCUUCAGAGUUUGAGGCUGAUUUCAAGACGUUUGUUAAUUCUGUGGUACCAUUUGCGGUUAACAGGGAAGGAAAGUCAUUGUUAUACCUUGCCAUUGAAGCUGGCUGCAGCCAAGUUGUUACUAGUUUGAUUGACAUGUGUACGCACUUUGAGUUGCGACCUCAAGGAAAAUCACCUCUUCUUCCAGCAAUCAUCAACAAGGAUAUAGUUAUGCUUGAAACCAUACUUAGCAAGAAACCAGAUUGGAUCCAUCUGAGGAAUGAAGAAGGAAGGUAUCCUCUUCAUGAUGCAGCGUUAAUGGGUUACCUUGAGGGUGUUUCUUAUUUGAUCGAAAAAUGUGUUUCUUGCACCAUGGAAAUGGAUAAUGAUGGCUUCUUCCCAAUUCAUUUGGCUUGUAAGGGAGGUCAUGUUAAAGUAGUUCAAGAGUUACUAAAAUGGUGUCCAGAUCCCACAGAGAUGGUGGACAAUAAUGCCCAAACUUUUCUUCACAUUGCUGUUCGGAAUGGAAAAUUUGAAGUGGUAAGGUACAUCCUCCAACAUCCCAAGCUCGAGAAGCUGGUGAAUCAGAAGGAUAAUAAUGGGGAUACCCCUCUGCACGUGGCCACCCUUUACUGGAAUCCUAAAAUUGUGCAUGCCUUUACGUGGGAUAAAAGAAUCGAUCUUGCUUUGCUAAACCAACAGAACCAAACAGCUCUAGACAUUGCAGCCCAAUGGCUUGGACAAAAUACAUCAUUUGCACAGCGACUUACAUGGAUUGCGUUGCAAUCUGCCGGUAGACCUCAAAAAUCAAUGAUGGGACUCACUCCUACAAGCGCACAAACUAUAGUGAUGAAAAGGGAAUUCAGAACCGAACAAUAUGAAGACAGAAUUGACACUUUAAUAGUGGUUUCAACCCUUAUGAUAACAGCAUCAUUUGCUGCUGGAUUUACCAUGCCAGGUGAUGUGGAUGAUGGGACUGCUGUCAAUCUUAAGCGCCAUAUGUUCCAUUUGUACAUUCUUUCUCUCACAAUCUCUAUGUAUGGUGCCAUCAGCACAACAGUUAUUCUCAUGUGGGCUCGACUGGGAGAUCUCCGUCUAGUAUAUUAUGCCCUUAAUUGCGCAAUACCACUUCUGGGAAUCUCUCUUGUAGCACUAUCAUUGGCAUUCUUGGCAGGUGUGUACCUAGUGGUGAGCAAACUUAUGUGGUUGACCAUUACCUUUAUGACAAGUAGUGUAAUUCUAGUUGUCACGAUUGUGUUAUUAUACACUUUCCUCUGUUUACCCUCCUCCUCAACCUUGCCAUUCAUGAGAUACAUCUCAUACUAUCCUUUUCUUUUGCUUACAAAGCUCGCUGAACCUCAAAUUGAUGAUAAUGAUGCCAACCCUGAAGCUUUUUCCCAAUUCAACCCCAUCCCUCUUAUGGCUACUAGGUGAUGUGGAUGAUGGGACUGCCGUCAAUCUUAAAUGCCAUAUAUUCCAUUUGUGCAUUUUGUCUCACAAGCUCUAUGUAUGGUGCCAUCAGCAUAACAAUUGUUCUCAUGUGGGCUCGGCUGGGAGAUCUUUGUCUAUUAUAGUAUGCCCUCAUACGCAAUAUCACUUUUGGGAAUCUCUCUUGCAGCACUAUCAUUGGCAUUCUUGGCGGCUGUGUGCCUAGUGGUGAGCAAACUUACGUGGCUGACCAUUACUACUUUUAUGACAAGUGUAAUUCUAGUUGUCACAAUUGUGUUGUUAUACAUCCUCUAUUUUACACUCCUCCUCAACCUUUCCAUUCA